AACAGUUACGAAAAAAGGUAUCGAAGAGUGCGUGGAAAAAAAGAGAUGUUGCGUAACAUCAACAUGUAUGCAGAUUACCUCCUUCAGGGCUGGCAGAAUGAUUCGGAUGAGGAUGAUCCAUCAUCCAGUGGAUUUAGCUGGUUCAGAAACCAGUACUUCAAGGGAUCCAGAAAAGAUUCGGCUGACAAGCAGGGGCCUCAGCGUUGGGGUAGAAGACAUUACAAGUUUUUUGUUGACGACGGUGAAGAUGAUUUUGUCUUUGAGAAUGUUUUUGGGUCUGCCUUUGGUCAAAGUAGAUAUAACCAAGGAGAUCCGGGUCCAGGAUGGUUCAGAUAUUCCAGGAGAUCUUGGAACUGGAGAUCUUCGACUGAGAGUGAUAGUUCAGACCCAGAUACAGACCCAGAUAUGACUUCAGAUAGAUUGGCUCUCGGUCUAAGUCCUUCCGGUCCUCUAAAACUUGAAGACAUUAAGAAUGCCUAUCGAAGUUGUGCACUGAAAUGGCAUCCUGAUCGUCACGUGGGCUCUUCGAAGGCUGUUGCAGAAGAGAAGUUCAAGCUUUGCAGCGCAGCGUACCAAUCUCUAUGCGAUAAGCUUUUGCAGUGAAUUAGGGAUUCUCCGAAAGCAUACCAAACCCGAAA